CUUGGUUACUCUCAACUUUCAACUCUGCGGGACGAAAUACCCCGCCGCCGGACGACCCGUAGCUGCUGCUUUCGGUCAGCGGUUAGCCUACAGGUAUGCAGCACUUCACGGACGGGAUGGUGGACAUACACAACAUCCGGAGGUGCGCUCAUGAGGACUGUGUCAAGCACCCCACGUACGGCGUGCCCGGGACGAGGAAGGCUGAAUUCUGUGCGCCUCACGCUUUGGAUGGCAUGGUGAGUGGAAGUUGUGUGCUGUUUUUGUUGGUAAACUUUGGUUCACCAGCAUCAACUCAAUCUCUGACCCCUCCAGAUGAACCGCAAAGAAGAGCAUCCCUGGCACCCUGCGUGCUCUUGUGA